AUGUGCCUCGCUAGCACGGAUGUUUGUGUAGGGGUCAUAUUGCAGCCUCUAUACAUAAGCUAUUUUAUGUCACCAGAUAACUCUAUUCCGUGUUAUUACAUUGGAGAUGUGUCUUACAUGCUAACUUUCAUAUUUUGCGGUGUAUCCUUGCAAACAUCGACUGCAAUAAGUGUGGACAGACUUCUUGCCCUCUUACUGGGCUUAAGAUAUAGGCAUACCAUAACCUUGAAGCGAGUGUGGAUCUUCGUAAUUGCAGCCUGGUUUACAAGCAUUUCGAAUGCAAUAUUAUACUAUUACCAGGAGGCUGUUCCCAUGUACCUCGCUUGUAUAGUAAUGUUAUCGAGCAUAACAACAUCAGCAUUCUGUUACGUGAAAAUCUAUCGUGUCCUUCUUCAUCACCAAACACAGAUACAAGAACAUCCUCUUAAAGAAGUACCAAACCGAGGAAGCCGUCUGCUGAACAUUGCACGAUACAAGAAAACAGUUUCCAGUGCAGUGUGGAUCCAAGCCGCCAUACUGAUUUGCUAUCUGCCGUUUGUUAUAAUGACGACAAUAUAUACUAUCAGUGAGGAAUAUACGCCAAUCAUCGCCUUUCUUUCGGAUUUGACAGUAUCUUUCGUGCAGUUAAAUUCGUCUUUGAAUCCAGUCCUUUAUUGUUGGAAAAUAAGGGACGUACGACGAUCAGCCAAGAUUUCAAUCAGACGUUUAUUCGUCGCAUGUUGUUAGCGGAGUCGAACGAAAAACUCUCAACCUGAUUCGCACAACAUGUGGGAAACAAUGAAAAACAAAAAAAUAUUAAACUUGCAACAGCAAGGUUCAUAAAAAAUUGAUAUCUUGGCUGGAAGUUGUUGGAUGGAUCAAAGUUUUGUUCGACCGUAGGGAGCUACAACUCGCUCAACGUUCAUGGAAAUUUUGAAAGUUUGAUUUCAUUUCAUCAGCGUAAUACAACUUUAAACAUAUUGUGGCGGAAAAGCCCAAGAGAGACAGUAAAGGAAAAUAAACUCCAUUAUAAUUUAUGUUGGUAGAUACUUUUACAAAUCAUAAUCAGGCAAUUCACGUUUAUGGAAAGCAAAAAUUAAAAGAACUGCGUUUGAUGUAGGAUCGAAAUAGACUAUAGUUUUAAAAAAAAUUAUUAAGGCAUAAUAAAUAAUGAAUGACGGAACUUGUAAAUAGAACUGAGAUAAUACAUAUACUGCAUAAACAUGUUAUAUCUUAUAUGUGAACUUGAAAUUUAUUUUAUUUAUUAAUUUAUUACUUUUAUUGCCCUUUGCAUUAUUCUCAUUGAGUGCUACGGAAAGAAAUGUGUGGUUCAUCAAGCAGAGGCUGACAAUAAAUCUUGUCUCGCUUGGAAAAUUUUUUUUACCUCAGUGCAAACGACUAUUAGGUAGCAAACAAAUGUUCUCGUCCCAGUAUGGGGUGAUGUUUUCUAAGGUAUGUGGCUUCGUGGAUACUCUGAGGAAGGGUAGUCCCACCAUAAAUGCGGAGCAGAGGGGUGAAGGGCUACAACCCUCCCAAACGUGCAUUUGAGGUGAGUGCAGUCCCCCCCCCCCCUUAACCCAUGUUUCACUGCGAAAAAUAUUCUCUCUGAAUUGACCCCCCUGGUGCUGGAAAAACUGGCCGCUAAGGGGAGGUGAUGGCUUCAGAGAAAAAUAAAUUUCAAAAACACAUUCGAAGGCAGCACAUUGAUCCACUAAUCUUUGUUGAUACCUGCCACUCGUUUUGUAAAAUGUGUUGCGAGUUUAAAACAUGAAACAUACUUGAAAAUAAAAAAAAUUUUGCUUAAAGACAGCCAUUUACUCUUGCAGCUUUUAUUUUCACCACACAUUCAGUCGUAACUUCCAUUUGACCCUCCUCAUUGCGGCGAGCUCCCCACUCAUAAAGACCUCAAAUUAAUGGGUUCUAAGUGAACGGUUCUAUCUAAAAAGCAGCCCCAAGAUAUAAGAUAUUGGCUUUGAAAUAAGGUUGAGUCCAUUCCUAGCUUUGAAAUUGCAUGACAGCCACCCCGUAAGAUGUCAAGAGAAAAAAUUACUCAACAAAGUAAUUACAUCCGACCAACACCAAAUGAAGAAUUACACAAAAAACUUACAGGACCUUCACUGAAUAAUAAAAUGACAGAAUUUAAAAAAGGCUCAUUCUGAAGUUAACUCCAUUUUUCUGCAAAAACACAUUAUCACCAAUCGAGCAUUACGUAAUUUUGUACUAUCAUAAAUAACAUAUCAUCCUUACCAAUUCUCUCAUGAGAAUCUUUCACCGGCGCAACGAAGAACGUCUUAAAAGAGCUUUACUCGUCAUCCACUUAUGUUCAAUGAAAGUAGAGAUAGGUGAAAAACUAUUAUCGUCGGCUCCAAUGCUCAACUUUACUGAAAAAGAUAUCCUCGGGACAAUGCCAGAGCCAUUCUGUGUCCAUGGGAUUAACAGACUAACUUAAAAGAUAUUGUUUUCCGUUGAAAAUAUUCCACUGUCACUAAGAGCAGUUUCUGCAAAAACACAUUAUCGCCAAUCGAGUAUUACGUAAUUUUGUGCCAUCAUAAAUAAAAUAUCAUCCUCACGAAUUCUCUGUCAUGUUGGGAAAUCUAUUUUUCCACCCAAACUGCGUCGCUUACCGCCACUUAUUCUCCCGGAAUAUAAUGUUUCUCCGAAUCCUUUGACAGGGAGAAAGAUACUAAGAAAUGCCGAUGUCAUAAACUGAGAAGAAACUCAGUCAUAAACGAAACGAAGAGCAUAUUUUUCCAAGUAUAUAGUUACCGCUCUCUUAACAGAUAAGGAGCGCCGGAAGAUGACACUUUCAACUUAGUAUUUGUGCACUUUUAUUUUUGCAAACUCUCUGCGUUAUCCUUUCCUUUAGAAGAAGCCAAUCGACUUUUCUUCUAAAAUCACUGAAAAGCUGCUUGAAAAUGUAAAAACUGAAGAAAUUAAGGUUUUCAUUUAGUCUCAUAAUUAACGAGAGAGCGGAUGAUCACGCUUGGGAAUUGGGAUAGUUUUCACCUUCCGCUCAGAUAAAACAAUUUAAUAAAUGAAAAUAAUAACUAAUGAACACUUAUUCAAAAUUGGAGUACUUCCUAGCGAAAUUUUCAUUGGCAACAACGGAAUGACGUCAUAAUUUCCGGAUAUAAAGUGAGAGGUAAUAUUACCUGUCGGAGUAAGAACAAAUACUGCUCUUUACCCGACGGAUGUCUAUUUACCAAAUUGACAGGUGAGAUUAAUGCUUAACAAAAAAAAAAAGAGAGAACUUGUAUUAUGCACGAGAACAUCUUCAACAAGCAUAUCACAAAUCAUCUAUCUCAAGUUUAUGUUCUGAAGAUCCGAAAAUGUCAGAGAAAAUGAAUGAGGGUAUGCUUUAUUCAAGGAAAUAUUUUUAAGUUUUCCUCGCAACAAUUUGAUAAAAACCUAGUUAACAAUGGAAGAGUUGCCCCAGAUGAAAAAAAUUGUGAUGAACCCGAUUACUAUGUGAACAUUUUUAGUAAGUACUUGACAUGUUCUAUAUUAUGUCGAUAGGCUUCCUCUCCCUCUUCAGCGUGUAUACAUUGCAGGAUAAGAAUGGGAUAUAACACAAUCACUGCUCUUUAGCUACUUAGUUCUUUUUUGAAUAAAUUACAAGAAAAGCGAAAUUUAUUAACGAAGCUUAUGUUUCGUCAAGUUCUUUUCAGGACAGAAAUACGUGUAUCUAAUUUUGAACUGGUUUGAAACAGUAAACAAUGAGAAAACGAGUUUAAACGUUUUUUUUUUUUACGUCGUUUGAUACCGAAAGAAAUUGGCAGAAGUUUUAGGAUUUGGAAUCUAAUAUUCAAACAUUUGUUUGGGAGCAGCUGUUAAAUGCUCUAAAGGCUUGGUUACAUUCUUAAAUAAAAGUUACAUAAUAUCCCUGGUUUUUUUCUUAUCAGCACAUAAGUCUUGAUAUUUCCAUGAGAAUCUUUCACCGGCGCAACGAAGAACGUCUUAAUAGAGCUUUACUCGUCAUCUACUUGUGUUAAAUGAAAGUAGAGAUAGGUGAAAGACCAUUAUCGUCGGCUCCAAUGCUCAACUUUACUGAAGAAGAUGUCCUCGGGACAAUGCCGGAGCCACUCUGUACCCAUGGGAUUAACAGACUAGAUCAAAAGAUAUUGUUUUCCGUUGUAAAUGUUCCACUGUCACUAAGUGCAGUUUUGGGAAAUGCUCUGGUUAUGAUUGCUCUUUAUGAAGUGACCACCCUUCGUCCUCCAUAUAAACUACUGCUGAGCUGUCUGGCGAGCACGGACCUGUGUGUGGGUCUCACGACUCAACCAUUAUUCACUGUCCUGCUGUGGACCCAGGAACACUCAACUCCGUGUUUUGUGCUAAAGCUCAUCGCUCACAUCAUGGCAACAAUCUUUGGAGGGGUGUCGCUGGCCACACUCAGUGCGAUCAGCAUAGACCGACUCGUAGCUCUUCUGUUGGGUGUGCGAUACAGGCAAGUUGUAACUUUGAGAAAAGUGCAGAUCUGUGUUACCUCAUUUUGGUUCUUGGGUGUUGCAAUUGCUAUUUUGUACUUUUACCAUUUCCUUCUCCCUCUGGUCAUCACUGCUAUAUUAAUGCUGCUUUUCAUAGUAUCAUCAACGUUCUGUUACUCAAAAAUUUAUUGCACUCUAAGCAAAGUGAAAAGUGAUAUCUACCCGGGAGAACCGAGGAGAAUUUCAGUCCGUUGCCCACAGUUUACGGGGCGAUACAGAAAAACAGUAUCAAGCACAUUAUGUAUCCAAGUUUCAUUGGUAUUGUGUUAUCUUCCAUACGGAACGCUCGUUAUCGUUUUUGCAAUCACUGGAAUACAGUCGCCAUCUUUGAACUUUGCAUGGGCCGUCGCCGUAACUUUGGUUUUCUUUAACUCAACUUUAAAUCCAUUUCUUUAUUGUUGGAAAAAUAGAGAAGUGAAACAAGCAGUGAAGGAAAAGAUUAGCCAUAUGUGUUUCUUCACACGCUAAGUGUCGGGCAAAACCAUCGAAAGCAAAUAUUUUCAGCCUAUAUUUCAGGCCCCCAUUCAAACCAGCUUAAAGCUGAACUGGGCCAUAAACCUCGCUUGUAAAUAGAUGAAUAGCUUGAUACAAAAAGCAUGAUAAAAGUUUCCAAACGUUCAAGGCUUUUUUCUGAAAGUAGCGUUCUAAUUUAAUCUUUCCUUUACUUUGGCAAAGUGUAGGCCUUCUGUCUGCAAAGAAUCUUACUGAUGCAACUUUGAAUUUCAUCCACCGCAACCCCUUCCUCCCGAAAAAAAAAUCACUAAUUUAAAAUUGCAGAAAAGUAUAUCUUUUAGCGCUGCUCUUGUCUUAGAACGUCAAAUGGACACCAACAUGGGUGUCGUCCAUUAAGAGCAUUUUUAUAUUAGUAUUCAUGCAGCAAGCAACAACAUUAAAGAUUCGCUUUGAAAUAAACCGCAUCCACUUCAAUCAUAGCUCUGACCUGAAUUUUCUGAAAAUAGAUCAUUAUGACAAUAAAGCUGAACUACUUAGUCAGUUGAAGUAUUGAAUCUUUUAAGAUUCAACGUUUUAAAAAAAGGUUGAGUGUUAUUUAACAAAUUACAACAAAUUGCAUGUUGUAAUAUCGUGAUAGCUAAAACAUUUGUGGCCAUCUGUCGGUGGCAAACUAUUUCUUUUAAUUGGUGAACAUGGCUCUCUAUCACUUUAUCCGAUUUACCUCUAAAUCUCUAUAUUGACCCCAGAGCUCUGAAAAGAGUGACUUAAAACCGGAACUAACCACAUGGAAAUGAUAUGACACUAUGUUCAAACGAAUAAGUGAUAAUAAUGACCGAAAAAAACAUGGAUUUGUUUUGCACAUUGAUGCUCCAGGAAAAAGCUGUAAAAUCUGAAAAAAAAAUGAUCAGCUUUCAAUUUUUAAUUGUUAUAUGUAUUGGGUGAGGAAUUUUCACGAUAUUUCUUAAUUACAAAGAUUCCUCGCCAUGGCAUGAUAACUGCGUGAAUUGUAUAUGUUGCAUCCUUUCUCGAUGUUUUCAUUUCUCUUUACUAUUGCCAUUAUGGUUAUGAUUGUUAUUUUUUUAUAGUUGAGGAUAUAUUUUUUUAAAGCUAAUCUAAGUCCAGAAGUGUUAAGAAACAAACUACAAAAAGGAGUUCACGAUUAAGAGUUUUCUUUCAGUUUUAAGACUGAAACAGCAGUGAUUUUACAGCCUUUAGCUUUAAAAAUCAACUUGCAAUUAGGUAGGUUUUCAACGGUUUGACGAGGACAUUCCACAUCCAUAUACGUCUACCCUUUCUGUCCUGUGAACUCCAAUCGUAUGUUAAGGUUCUGAUCUCUUCGUUUGCACAGGUGGCGAUCAAUUUGAAAGCUUCAGUCACGUGGAGUGUUUGAAAAGUGGCCAAAAAAAACACACACACACAUUAGAAACUUUGAACAACAAUUCUCCAGGAGAGGUAGCAAGGAGAAGAAAUAUGAUGUUAGCAAACGAAAAGAAAAGAGAAAUGUUGUACUAUAAAACGCAGACCACUGCGCUCAUUUAAGGAAUAGAAGGGGUUCGAUACACAAACUAUUGGUUUUUUGCUUUUGUUUUUUUUGUUUUUUGUUUUUUUUUCAGUUGCGGUGUUUACCUUUGUCAUGUGGUUGAGACAUUUAUUUACUCAGCCAGCCUCUCCAGCUCUUGAUUUCAAUUCGGGAUAAACCUAAUAGGUGUUCUGAGACUUAAGUUUUCAACAGUGAAGUUUAUAACGUAGAUCAAUCCAUCGGCAAAUCCGUCAUGGCUGUUUCAUUCAAGAGAAAGUUGCGAAUACCUUCGUCGCGAUUUAAAUGUAGGUUGUCUUUAGAAAACAAGGGUACUAAACCCUCCUGGCUGUCAUCACUGGUACGAAUUUGUAACUUAUUUACUGACUACACAAAUUUCAGUCAAAGUGCUCAAGAUCAGUCGUAUUGGUAAAGACAAGCUGCAUAGUCAUGUUGGUUUUGGAUAACAACUAUCAAUUUGUAAAAUAUAACACCAAAGUGUAUUUUUCAUACCUCUGAGGUAAUAAAUAUCUGUUGCAGCUUUUUUCAAUGUACAAAAAAAGAUUCAUCAAUUCAUCAGCAAAAUCAGAGAUAGAUUUGAACAUUCAACAUUGUCAAACAUUAUUUCCUGUAUGUCAUGCACGAUAAGAGGUUAGAUAUUACCUAGCAUUAUAACAAAACAAUAUAAUUAAACAGAGCGAAUGCUAUGCGUGUUCUCUGCCUCACUGAGAUUCAUUUGAGACGCUCCAAUCCUUCUCACUUUAAAGAAAUCUCCCAAGAUAAUUUAAGAGAGGAAAGGUGGUACGUUGAAAUACGAAAUUUUUAUAGAAAGAAUUAAAAUGAUGACAACAAUUAUGUUGAUUGAUCUGAUAAUAAUAAUAAAAAAGGAACUUAACCUAGUGGAUGAUACUACUUAACCCUUUUCAACAUAUUACUUAGUAUAUUUGACGGACAAGAGCUUUUCAGUUAUUUCGAACCCAGAUUCUUUUCACUUGGUGAUAAAAAUUUCUUUAUUUGGAUUAACAAGGAAAGUAAAUGACAAUCCUAAGAGAAAAACAGACGUUAUUUUUCAGGAUUUUCAUCAGGUUCUCCUUGGUGUACUUUCGAAAGUGGCAAAGCGAGUAUAUGAACCAGAAGUAAAUCGAUCGGACUGGACACAUAUUCCUACCUUGCGACCUAGCUACAUGACUUUUCUUCAAGGAUAAUUCUUACGCUAAAAAUCUUUGCUUUUACUUUCCUUUAAAAUCUAUAUGACAAAAUAACUACACUUACGUGUGCUGCGGUCAGACUUUCAGGAACCAUUCGAGUUGACCAUCCUUGCUUGCAUCCAAUAGAAUCAUAAUAACCAACUAUGAAAUAAAAGGAAAAAAAUCUUAAGACCAACACGGAAGCUUUCGAUAUGAUCGGAUAAUUUUGUUUCAAUUUCUAUGGCAUAAAAAGCAACAGACAGUGACGGAUUAGUGCGCUCACCCUUUAAAUGCACCUAUGGAUGAAGAUGAAAGAAUAAAUUGGCGACAUUGAGUUAAUCACAUUUAGUGUGUUAGAAGAACGUGAGCCCUUCAGAAAAUGAAACUAAACAAAACUUUCCAGAGACCGGGAGAAGUAGGAAAAGGGAAGGGGUUGUCUUAAACAUAUACAAUCUUUAAUCUCUUAAUUGUUUUCUAUCUUUAUGUCGUCAAGAGUUACAGACAGCGACAGGCGGGUGCGUUGGGUGCGUUUAACACUUUCACUUCAAUGUCGGUGAAAAUGGUGGAUAGAGAUCCACCUUUUCGGUGAGGAUUGUUCAUCACCUCAUCCCUUACUCGAGUAAUGAUAUUUUGGCAGGUCUCGUUGCUUAAUAUAAUUUUUCUUUUCGACGAUUCACAGCAGAACACCUAUUGUGCGAGGAAACGACCUAAAAUAAAAGCGAAAAUUUGCACGUUUCAAAUAGUUUUCAAAACCAUCUUUUAGGAGUAGGUUAUAAUUAAACGUAAAGUCUUGUUACACAAUAUUUCGGACGAUCAACUUUAAAGCCAAACAGCUGCAAGGAAACUCGUACUCUACUAAGGAAUAAAACAAUUUAAAAUAGAGGAAUCAAACAAACGAAACGACAUAUUAAUUAAAGCAAUAGUCAACUGGUGCCUAAAGUUUGUUUAUGAAAGCGUUAUUCUUCAUUUGUUUGAUAAAUGUAGAUAAUGAAAUUUCAGUUGUGUCUCACAUUUAGCACGAUGAUUGAAAACGCAUCUAUCGGCGUUCCAUGCGUUAAUUCGUGUGAGCUUCAAGUCAAAACAUGAUUUUUUUACUUAUCAUUCUGAAAAGUUACAACUUUUUUUCAGAGCUGAUGGAUUUUUUUAUACCAAUCGGGAUUUCUUCCUCUUCCUUCUUUUCUUACACGGAAUGAUAUUGUUUCGAUUAUCAAUUCACAUUUGACUAAAUACCUGAUAAGUGUUCAUAAAGUUGAUUGUUGUCAUCAGUUCAACUUGAAACUUUAAUCAGUUUGCUGCAAAUCAUAAUGACAUUUUCUGCAGAUUUUUUUUUUGUAUUUUUGUUGUAGAUAUUUAUCUACAAACGGAGCGUGGGAAAGAUACACAUCAGUCCAAAGCAAAUUAAAAUAAGUUCGAAAGCUCAUUUAAUACCGGAGGACAGAUUUGGCAACCUUGGAAAAAUCAAACUUUUUCUUGAAUGAAUCGCUUCAAUAGAAUUACUGACUAUAUUUAACCAGAAAAUAUACGGUACUUUGAAAGGCAGACUCUAUAAACCAGAUAAUAACUUUUUCGAGUUUUCUUAAUUGCUGCACGUUAUUGAUUCCUAGUCGUGUGCCACUUUCAAGAUCCAGAAGUCGAGUAUUGAUAUACAUUUCCGAUUGCAAAAAAAAUUGAUAAAAAGGAAGAGAUGUUUAAUAUUCGAGUUAAAUUCACCCUGAUUAUUUAAGAUAGAGCUCCACUGCUACACAGAGGUCUGUAGCAGGACUGAAACAAGCGUACCAAGUUGUUGCGGUUGGCACAGGAAACAUCCAGCUUUAUGGAACUUCAGUAACAACUAGAAACUAAUGGUCGUUUGUUAAUGUUACGGCUAAGCUACUAGGAACUGUGAGUGAUUCAGUGGUGAGUGCGAUUUUUCCCUAAAUUUUUUUUACCUAAAUUUUUUGCUAACAAGCAACGGUUGAAGAAGUGACAAUUGGUGUGAUCUCUUCACUCAUAGCUUCAGUCCCGUUUAAUUUACAGUGUGGUCGCUUUCAUGUUGGAUGCAUAAGUGUUGAGUUUGUAACUCAUGAUUUUCAACUUGACCAUAGGCGGCCCAAGCUCCAGCUGUGACAUGAUCAUCUUGCGCAAUAACAGUCAUGGCGGAAUUAUAAGAGUUUGUAUGGGCAUAUUUACGACCGCCCUCAGGAAUAAACAAAAUACGUCAAAUUCUCAAAAAAAAAAAACCUCACCUUACUUCCACAGUGUAUCAUUUGUUAUCUGACCGCUUACUUUGAUGAAAAGAGCCCAUUUUAGCGAGUUGUUCAUUUCGAGGUUUUCAACGUUCAUAAGAAAAGCCUUUUGAAAACGUCGAAAUGGACAACUCGCUAAAAUGCGUCCUUUUCAUCAAAGUAAGCGGUCAGAUAACAAGCGUUACGCUGUAGAAGUAAGGUGAGGUAUUUUUUUUGAGAAUUUGACGUAUUAUUUUAUUCCUUAGGGCGGCCGUAAAUAUUCCCAUACAAACUCUUAUAAUUCCGCCAUGACUGUUAUUGCGCAAGAUGAUCAUCUCACAGCUGGAGCUUGGGCCGCCUGUGACUUGACAAGACCGCUCGAGCAUUUUGAAAGUGAUUUAUUAUAUUUUGGUGAACCAUGGCGUCAAAUCUUAGAUUUAAAAUUUAGGACCCCAAAUCCAAUCAUUCUUUGCUUUAAUUUUCAAUAAAAAUAAUCUAUGUUUUCUAUUUCAUUAGGCCGUUCACAAUUCCAAAAGCGUUUAAUGUUCACAUUAGGUAUAUAAAACGGCCAUCGAAUGUUUCUCUUUAAAUUUGAAAUUAGACAAUUUUCUUUAUUACACAUUUUAGAGAACUAUCAUGUUUCGCUUUUUUUCUCUUCUGAUUGUUAAUUAUCAGGACAAGUCAAAUACUCGCCCAAACUCCGGCGGCGCCCAUCUGGAACAUUCAGAACACCGCACUCAACUGAUACAAGCUCAGCAUUGACAACCUUAACUAACUAUAACUUUAGAUAGCAGUUAACACUUUGGCUUAAGCCACAAUGCAAAACUUAACCUCAGUAUCACUGAAGUUAAGGUUAUUCAAGGAAGAAGAGAAGGUAUUCCUUGCAAUUUGGAAUAUUCUUACUUGUAUCACGGCCGUUUGUGGGAAUACUUUCAUAAUUGCAUCCAUUCGCAGAGUCUCCUCUCUUCAUCUGCCAUCGAAGGUUUUACUGGUAUGCCUUGCCUUGACUGAUCUCUGCGUCGGUGUCAUUACACAGCCAUUGUAUGUGGCGCGCAUAUUGUUUCCGGAAUGCCACUCAAUUGGUCUUUAUCUUCUAAUAGGUUACAACACCACCGGCUUCCUUUUUUCAGGAGUGUCAAUGCUAACAAUCACCGCCAUUAGUGUGGACAGACUUCUCGCUGUUACCUUAGGCCUAAGAUACAGACAAGUUGUAACUGUACGGCGAACAAGAAUCCUCCUCGUUUCUUUCUGGACCAUAAGCAUGGCAUUCGGAAUGAUGUUCUUCCAUUAUUUCGAUGUCACAUCAUAUCUCACUGUUGUUAUUAUUUUAUUGUGUAUUCUAAUCUCAACUUUCUGUUACGUGAAAAUAUGCUAUGCUCUUCGUCAUCACCAGGUUACAGUACAACCACCCGCUCACCAAGGAGAAAAAAGAAGACAAAGAGUUAACCAACUGAAUGUGAUGCGGUUCAGAAAGACAGUAGUUAGUGCUUUGUGGGUGCAAGCGACUUUCCUAAUGUGUUUCCUGCCGUUAACAAUCAUAAUGAUUCUUGUCAUCUCAAGUUUUCGAACUGCAACGGUUUUUUUCAUUCGGGAUUUGGCAAUAUCUCUCCUCUUUUUUAACUCGAGCCUAAAUCCGUUUAUCUAUUGCUGGAAGAUUAAGCAUAUGAGGCAAGCUGUAGGAGGCACAGUGAAACGAUGCCUUUGUUUUCUGCAAGGGUAA